AUGCUACUCCUUCUCAUCGCCUUCAGCUUCGUUGUUGCCUUCUGCCAGGGUGAGCGUCACCCUAUUUGCUUCGAACCCAAAGAUCCAGGGCCGUGUCGGGCCUACGUCAGAAACUACUACUACGACUACAGAACAAAUUCCUGUCUUCCCUUCUACUACGGUGGAUGCGGAGGUACACACAACAGGUUUUUCACCUGGAAGGCCUGCCUCCAGGUCUGUUCUGAGCGCGACACCGAUUGGGUGCUAAAAAAGCGUCCAAACUACUCCUGGGAGGGUUUCGACGAGGAGAGAAAGUAA